UUGACAUUUAUUACUAAUCCAAGUCAAUAAUCCCAAAUCCUCUCUCGCUCGAAGUUCUUCUUUCUUUUCCUUCUCGCAAUCCUGAAUUUUGCAGUGCCUCGCUACUCUACAGAGGAUGAAAGACGAAGAGGGUUGCCCGGAUACGACGGUGAAGAUUGAAAUUCUUGGAAGCAAGGAAGGUGGUGGACCUUGGGAUGAUGGGGCCUAUUCCACCAUCAGACGGCUUCUAAUUUAUCACGGACAGUGGAUCUGUUCUCUUCAUGUUGAGUAUGAUAAGAAUGGCCAUUCAAUUUGGGGUUCCAAGCAUGGCGGGAACGAAGGUUCCCUUUCUGAGGUUAUGUUAGAUUACCCAUAUGAGUAUCUAAUUUCAAUUAGUGGUUACUUCGGCUACAUAGGCCAUUUGGGAAUUGCAGCAGAUGUGAUUCGUUCCUUGACUCUCCAAACAAAUAGAAAAACUCAUGGACCAUUUGGCAUGGAAGAGGGAACCAAAUUUUCAUUCCCAAUUAUGGGGGCCAAGAUUGUUGGUUUACAUGGCAGAUGUGGUUGGUUCCUCGAUGCAAUUGGACUCUACAUACAGCCAAUUCCAAGAAUCCAACUCAAGAACUACAGCCUGGGACCUUUUGGAGGCAAAGCUGGGCAUCCAUGGGAGUACGUUUUUCGGUCGAUCAGACGGUUUGUAGUUAAUCAUGAACAAUGGAUCCACUCCAUUCAAUUUGAGUAUGAGGAUAAGAAUGGAAAGUUGGUAUGGUCCAAGAAGCAUGGUGACAGAGAUGGAAGUUCCAAAUCAGAGGUGGUGCUAGAAUCUCCAGAUGAGCAUUUUGUUUCUAUUCAUGGCUACUACAGCCACAUACGUGCUAUGGGAGAUCCUGCCACUGUGAUUCGAUCGCUGACAUUUGCAACUAAUCGAAGAACUUAUGGGCCGUUUGGAGCUGAAGAUGGAACCAGAUUUUCAUUUCCAAUUAUGGGGACAAAUAUCGUUGGUGUCAAUGGCAGAUCUGGUUGGUACCUUGAUGCGAUCGGACUCUACUUAGGAACAACUCAAAAAACGAAGGCUGAGAUGGAGCCUGCAGCUUCACCAGCACCCGAAAUUCAAGAGGUGCCCUCUAAGCUGAGACAAUAUGGUGGUGAAGGUGGGGAUGGUUGGGAAGAUAUGUUUCGGUCAAUGAGACGGCUUGUGGUUCGUCAUGGAUUGUGGAUUGACUCCAUUCAGUUUGAAUAUGAAGAUGAUAAUGGAAACAUAGUGUGGUCUAGGAAGCAUGGUGGAGAUGGAGGAUCCCCAUCAGAGGUUGUUUUGGGAUUUCCAGGGGAGCAUCUUGUAUCCAUUCAUGGCUACUACAGUGAUCUUCUUAGUUGGGGACUUGGAAUCACUGUGAUUCGAUCCUUAACUCUGGAAACCAAUAAGAAGACCUAUGGGCCAUUUGGAGUUGAAGAUGGUUCCAAAUUUUCAUAUCCAACUGUUGGGUCGAAGGUCGUGGGCUUCCACGGCAGAUCUGGAUGGUAUCUUGAUGCAAUUGGACUCCACGUAGUGUCGAUUCAAGAGUAUUUCUUACUGCAGGAAGACAAAGGUUCCUGGAAUCCGGCGGCGUCUAACACUUGGGACGACGGAGUUUAUUCUACGAUCAGACGGAUCGUAGUUUAUGAGAGAGAGUGGAUCUGUUCAAUUCAGAUUGAGUAUGAUCAGAAUGGAGAAUCAUUUUGGUCGCCGAAACAUGGUGAAGACGAAGGUUCCAAAUCGGAGGUUGUUAUAGAUUAUCCGGAUGAGUACUUAAUUUCAAUUUACGGAUACUAUGGCUGCAUACAUAAUUGGGGAAACGACGUCACUGUGAUUCGAUCAUUGACUUUGGAAACCAACAUUAGAAGUUAUGGACCCUUUGGAGUUGAAGAAGGGAACAAAUUUUCAUUUCCAGUAACUGGAUCGAAGAUUGUUGGGUUCCAUGGAAAAUCUGCUCGGUACCUCAAUGCAAUUGGAGUUCAUGUCCAAACAAUUCAAAAAAUUGGGCUCCAGCCUGAGUCUCAGCCGAAGCACUUGAACUUGGGACAAUAUGGAGGCAAAGGUGGAGAUCCUUGGGAGGAGACUUUUCAAACAAUCAGACGGCUGGUAAUUUAUCAUGGACUUUGGAUCGACUCCAUUCAAAUGGAAUAUGAGGAUGAGAAUCAAAAGUUAAUGUGGUCCAAGAAGCAUGGUGGGGAUGGAGGUUUCCGAUCAGAGGUUGUUCUGGAGUUGGAUGAGCAUCUUGUUUUGGUUAAUGGCUACUACAGUGACUUGCAUAAGUGGGGAAUUGCUGCCACUGUGAUUCGAUCAUUCACUCUAAAAACCAAUAAAAGAACUUACGGGCCAUUUGGGAUUGAAGAUGGAACCAAAUUUUCAUUCCCAUUUACAGGGCUAAAGAUUGUUGGCAUUCAUGGAAGAUCAAGCUCGUGUCUGGAUGCAAUUGGGGUGUCCGUACAUACAACUCAAACCCAAAUAAAAGGGCUGGGGGCUGAGAAAUUUAGCCUAGGAGAAUGUGGAGGUGAAGGUGGAGAGCCUUGGGAGGUGGGUUUUAGGAGAAUCAGGCAAUUGGUUAUUAGUCAUGGACAGUGGAUCGACUCCAUUCAAAUGGAAUUUGAAGACGAGAAUGGGGAGUUGGUUUGGUCCGAGAAGCAUGGUGGAGAUGGAGGUUCCGAGUCAGAGGUUGUUCUAGAUUUUCCAGAUGAGGAGCUUGUGACAAUCCAUGGGUACUAUGACGAUCUACAGUACUGGGGAUUGGAUGCCACCGUGAUUCGAUCCCUGACUCUGGAAACCAACAAAAGAACUUAUGGGCCAUUUGGGGUUGAAAAUGGAACCAAGUUUUCAUUCCCAACUGUUGGGGUAAAGAUCGUCGGCGUUCAUGGCAGAUCUGGUUUGUAUCUCGAUGCCAUUGGCCUUCUCGCCCUUUCAAUUCAAGACUACUAGUCACUCCUACGCUCUUUCUACUUCUGUUCACCAUGAUGUUGUAUUUGUAUGUUUCCACACGAUUAUGUAGCUAAUUAACUCUUCUGUUUUUUC